AUGGGGGAAAUGGACAAACAUUUUGGGCUGGGAAACACGGGUGUUCUAUGCUUCUAUUCACUAUUUAUAUCUCUUAUUUUCUCCGUUUACAUAUUUUCUUCUUCAAAUCUGCUCAAAUUCACAGCCUUCCACGCUAAUACAAACGCACAUAUAUAUAUUUGUUGUUUAAUUGUUAUAGAUAAUGAAAGCUGCGACUUGUUUGAUGGUCGUUGGGUUCCAGACAAAGACGGCCCUCUAUAUUCCAAUUAUAGCUGUCCGACCAUCCCUACGAUAAGGAAUUGCUUCUUUCAUGGAAGGAAAGAUAGAGAUUUUCUUUACUGGAGAUGGAAGCCAGAACAAUGCCAACUUCCUCGGUUCGAUUCCAAAGCGUUUUUGAGCAUUGUUCGAGGAAAGACAAUGGCUUUCAUUGGUGAUUCAAUCGCUCGGAAUCAAAUGGAAUCGCUUGUGUGCCUUUUGUCCAUGGAAGAAAGUCCAACAAGUAUAUCCGAGGAUCCGGACGAGGAGGAAAAAUUCACCACAGCAUGGCAUUUCCCCCAUCACAACUUCACCCUCAAGGUUCACCGCUCAGUAUUCCUCGUCCGCCCCACCCAGAAAGUGAAGAGCAAUGGGUAUUCCAAAACCCGUUUUCACUUGCUCCUAGACCAACCAGACCCAAACUGGACCCAAAACCUAUCAAACGUGGACUUCGCCAUUUUCUCCGACGGCCAAUGGUUCCUCCGCCCCAUCUACCUCCACGAGGCCGGCAACCUCACCGGCUGCAUAUUCUGCCGAGAACCAAACGUGCAAGACUUCAGCACAGGCUUCGCCAUCCGGAAAGCAUUCAAAGCCGCUUUCAAGUACGUGAACGAGAGGCGAAGCGGCAUUGUGGUGUUCGUGCGGACGUUUUCGCCGUCCCAUUUCGAGCACGGGGCGUGGCAUAAUGGUGGGUUUUGUAAUAGGACGAGAGGGUUGAGUAGAGAAGAGGUGAAAGUGGGGGGUGAUGAUUGGGAAUAUAGGAAUAUUCAGGUUGAGGAGUUUGAAAGAGCGAAAAGGGAUGGGGAGAAAAGAGGGAACAGGUUUGAACUCAUGGAUGUGACUCGAGCUAUGAUGAUGAGGCCGGAUGGACACCCUGGGGAGUUCUGGGGAAAUAAAUGGAUGAAGGGUCAUAAUGACUGCCUGCAUUGGUGCUUGCCAGGGCCAAUUGAUACUUGGAAUGAGCUUUUGCUUCAGCUGCUUCGUUCUCAACAUCAACCUUAA